UUCCCACCGUCUGGGGUGAGGUGUAACCUCCUACCACACAAUUACAUUAAAUUACCGACAAUUACCCUCAUACUCAUUGUACAUAUCGCAGCUCCGGGAGUCCUGUGUCUGGUAUAAAUGCUGACACAAUCCAGUCUCUCUCUCCAGCUCGAAACUGUAACCUCGACAGAAAUGAGGCUUCAAGCCAUCGGUCUCCCUGUGAUGGUCUUCAGCUUGCUGGUUCUCUCAGCAGGGAGACUCUCCACGCAGCGGGAACCAGACAGCACAGAGACCCCUCCUCAGCAAGACGACAGCUUCGAAUUGUUGGAGAGGUUGGCAGAAAACAGCAAGAGGCUGGCAGAGCAGGCGAUGGGCAGAGUGCUGGAGUUACUGAGCGACAACAACCAGGAGAAACUCAAGCACAUCACCAAGGACCUGUGGGAGAAAGCUACAAAGACGCUGAAAGAGGUCCUUGAGGAGUGAGCCCGUGGGGGCGCUGUAUGAUACGCACACCCUCUUCCCCCACCCCGGCACCCCAAGCUGACCUUUCACCCUGCAACGUUGACCUGUUUACUUCAGGGAGGUGCAGAGAUGACGCCAUUUUCAAUGUGUGCAUCGGUUAUUCCAGAAUAUCACAGCAACACCAGGACACUCUGGGCGACAGUUCAGCUCCUGCAGCCUGAGCUCCCUCAGCUCGGAGUCCUCACCCAGGCUGUGAAUCAGUCAAACACAGUAACAUGGGAUCAGUGAGCAGACUGACAUUGUGGAACACACAACAACUGAUCACCACAGCCAGGAGGAACAUGGCAGUGCAUAGACCCGUCAACCCCUGCUCUGGGCAAGACAUCUGCUUCCAUCACACAGCAAGAGGCCAUGCUUGAUGGUAGCUCUCUCUCUCUCUCACACACGCACACUCACACACACAUACACACGCAGAGACACACACGCACGCACACACUCACAUACACACACUCACGCGCACACACACCCACACACACACUCACGCACACACACACACGGAGACACACACACACGCACACACAGACACACACACACACACAGACACACACACACUCACACACACCCACACACACACAUGCAGACACACACGCACACACAGAUACACACACACACUCACACACGCAGACACACACACACGCAGACACACACACACACGCAGACACACACACACACACUCACACACACACACACCCACACACACAUACACACACACACUCACACACACACACCUACACAUGCAGGCACACACAUACACUCACACACACACACACACAUGCAGACACACACACACACACUCACACACACACACGCAGACACACACACACACACACUCACAAACAUACACAUCCACACACACAUACAGUCACACACACACACGCAGACACACACACACACACUCACAAACAUACACAUCCACACACACAUACAGUCACACACACACACACUCACACUCACACACACACAUGCAGACACACACACACACACUCACAUGCACACACACAGACACACUCACACACACACACACCCACACACAUGCAGACACACACACACUUACACACACACACACACACACACAGACACACACACACACACUCACACACACGCACUCACAAACACACAUCCACACACACACGCAGACACACACACAUACAGACACACACACUCACACACACACGCAGACACACACGCAGACACAAACACACACACACAUGCAGACACACACACACCCACACACACAUACAGACACACACACACACUCACACCCACACACACACACACACGCACUCACACACACACACCUACACACGCAGACACACACACUCACACACACGCACUCACACACACAUACACACACACACACACACGCAGACACACACAUAUACGCAGACACACACACACACUCACACACAUACACCUAAACGCAGACACACACACACAAAAACACACUCACACACACACACACCCACCCACAUGCAGACACACACACACGCACAGUCACACUCACACACACACACAGACAAACAUACAGACACAGACACACACACAGACACACAUACACACACAAUCACACGCACUCUCACACACACUCACACACACACACACUCACACUCACAGACACACACACAAUGUGUUAUCGCUAUCCUCUCCACACAGUAAGCUAUUACCCAUUGCUGCCGACUGGGCUGACUGGGAUCAUGCCCAGGAGAUGGCUCACUUUCCAAACUGACAACACGACACAGGAAAAUGGCUGAAGAAACCUCGAAUAAAAUAAAUUACACCUAA